AUUCCAAUUGCAACCUCACUUUUUUUCCAAAAUGGAAAAGAAUCUAUUGCUUUGUAUUUUAGUAUUGAUUCCUACCUUUGCAUCCUCAGACUUCUUGCUAACACAUGUCAGAAACAUCAAGAAGCGAAAUGCUGAUAAUGACUUGGUUGUCAAUGGGAUGGAAAUCUAUAGCAUGAAAAUUGAUAGUAAAGUGACUUCCCGCUUUGCACACAAUGUCAUCACCAGCCGAGCUGUCAAUCGUGGAAAUGUGUCCAAAGAAGUUUUCUUUGAUGUUGAUCUCCCUAAGACAGCCUUCAUUACCAACUUCAGCAUGACAAUUGAUGGUGUCACCUAUCCUGGAACUAUAAAGGAAAAAGAAGCUGCAAAAAAGCAAUAUGAGAAGGCUGUUUCGAGAGGACAGACUGCUGGUCUUGUAAAAGCUUCAGGAAGAAAAACAGAAAAAUUCACUGUCUCAGUCAACAUUAAAGCAGCCAGUAAAGUCACUUUUGAACUCACAUAUGAGGAACUGCUGAAGCGACAGUUUGGAAAAUAUGAAAUGUUCAUCAAAGUGAAACCAAAGCAGCUUGUCAAAGAUUUUGAGAUUGAAGUAGAUAUCUUUGAGCCCCAGGGUAUCACUGAGCUGGAAGCAGAAGGAACAUUCAUCACCAAUGAGCUACAAAAUACCAUUAAAAAAACUUUUUCAGGAAAAAAGGGCCAUAUCUCUUUCAAGCCAACCCUCGACCAGCAGCGAAGGUGUCCAAGUUGCUCAGAGUCUGUCUUGGAUGGGGAUUUCACUGUAAAAUAUGAUGUGAAGAGAACAACUCCAGAUAAUUUGCAGAUUGUCAAUGGCUAUUUUGUACACUUCUUUGCACCAACAAAUCUUCCAAAGCUGUCCAAGAAUAUUAUUUUUGUAUUGGAUACUAGUGGCUCAAUGUCUGGAAGAGAAAUAGAACAAACAAAAGAAGCACUGCUAAAAAUCCUAGAUGACAUUAAAGAAGAUGACUUCUUCAAUUUCAUAUUAUUUGAUAGUGAAAUAUCUACCUGGAAAGAAACAUUAAUCAAGGCCAGUCCUGAGAAUUUGGAUGAAGCGAGGAAGUUUGUUCGGCAAAUUUCUGCUCAAGGCCUGACAAAUUUACAUGGUGGUUUGAUGAGAGGAAUUGAUAUUCUGAAUGCUGCUCAUGAAGAAAACCUUGUGCCCAAGAGAAGCGCUUCUAUAAUUAUCAUGUUAACAGAUGGUCAGCCAAAUGUAGGUGUAUCCAAUACUCAGGAGAUUGAGAAAUCAGUGAAGAAGGCCAUUGAUGGCAGAUACACCUUAUACAACCUUGGCUUUGGCAGUGGUGUUGACUAUGGCUUCUUGGAGAGGAUGGCCCUGGAGAAUAAAGGAUUGGCCCGUCGGAUUUACCCUGACUCUGAUGCAGCUUUGCAGCUUCAGGGGUUUUAUGAUGAGGUGUCAAAUCCCAUGCUCAUAGAUGUGGAGUUAAACUACCCAGAAAAUGAAAUAUCAGACCUAACUACUAACAGCUUCAAGCAUUUCUAUGAUGGGUCUGAGAUUGUGGUGGCUGGGCGCUUUGUAGACAGCAACCAAAACCAUUUGUCUGUGGAUGUAAGAGGUGAAGGUGCUCAGGACGCCCUGUCGUACACUACACAGCAAGGAGCUGAGCAGACAGCUCAGGCUUUCCAAGAACAGCAAUACAUAUUUGGAGAGUACAUUGAAAGGCUCUGGGCUUAUCUUACCAUUGAACAACUCUUGGAAAAACGCAUUACAGCCACAGGAGAAGAAAAGGAAAACCUUACAGCUCAAGCCCUGGCUCUCUCACUAAUGUACAAGUUUGUAACACCACUGACAUCCAUGGUGGUAACAAAACCAGAAGAAGAUGAAAAUGAAGAGGGGAUUGCUGAUAAACCCACUGAAGAUGCUUUUUCUGGCACUUCACCAGCCUAUCACACAUAUGCAUCACCACCCACGUGGUAUACCAGUGUUGAUGGAGAUCCACACUUCAUUAUAUCAGUGCCACAAAAAAAAGAUGCCAUUUGUUUCAAUAUCAAUGAAAACCCUGGCAUGAUCUUAAAUUUAAUAACUGACCCAGUUACAGGCAUCACAGUCAAUGGAGAACUUAUUGGUGAUAAGAGAGUAAAUAGUAAUGCAAAGAUCCAAAACUCAUAUUUUGGAAAACUUGGUAUUGCAAAUAAGCACCUGGAUGUAAAGCUGACAGUUACUCCUGAGAGGAUCACAAUUGAGAAUGGUGAUGAAAAAACAGGUUUCACCUGGCUGGACUCAGUCACCUUGCAACAAGCAGGAUUAACUUUGAUAAUUAACAGGAAAAAAAAUCUGGUGCUCUCAAUGGGCAGUGGUGUCUCAUUUGUUGUUGUUUUGCACCAAGUGUGGAAGAAACAUCCUCUCCACCAAGAUUUCCUGGGACUGUAUACAUUGAAAAGUGAUAAACUGUCUGAACAGACCCAUGGAUUAUUAGGGCAGUUUUUCCGGCCCAUUGACUUCACCAUACUUGAAAUUCAUCCUGGCUCUGAUCCCAAGAAACCAGAUGCCACAAUGAUUGUUAAGAACAAUGAACUGACAGUAACAAGGGGCUGGCAGAAGGAUUACAGAAGAGAUCCUGCACACGGGGUUGAUAUUCCCUGCUGGUUUGUCCAUGACAAUGGAGCUGGGCUGAUAGAUGGUGUUCACACAGAUUAUAUUGUUUCCAGUCUCUUCUAAGUAACUUCCUCCAGAAGCACAGGCAGACAAUAUUUGUCUGAAAGAACAGUAUUUUCAAUGUAUAAGAUCUAUUCAAAGCAUAUAAGCAUACAUGUUUAGCAAGGACAAGGUAUGAUGGAUUCUCAUAAAGAGUUUUACUCUGUAUUUGAUCCAAUCUGAAGGGCAAGAUCCCUCAUCCUCUGAAGUGACCUCCUUAUUAGGUUUAAAAUUCUGACUUAAAAUGGUACUUUGUUACAUAACAGAAACCCUCUACCCAAUUUUUAAUCAAUAAUUGAGUGUCAGGAGUGAUUAAAUAAAAGUAUCAAUACUCA